UUAGUCCUUCAUGCUGGAUCAGUGUAGCUACGUGAGUGCAUGAAUUCACUAGGCGCCAGAUAGCAGUGGCCAGACAGAAUAGGCGCUGCAUUCACAUACCUGUGUCUUCAGUGGUGUCAUGGGGCAUGCAGGGGGUCCGUUUGGUGGUGUGAAGGGUGCAAUUGGCACUUCACUCCCCUGUUCGGUCCGAGCGAACUCACCAUAGGCGAAGAAUUAGCUCGACAACACGUGAACAGGAUACACACAACACCGACAACGUCCCAGAGUCUUCUCCCGGACCAUUCCCCGGCCAACGGGCCAGCCACCCACCGACCUACCCAGCACUGCACCCCUGCUCAGCGCUACACACUGUCCUGACUGUGCAGUCAAUACAUGCAGGGUUAAAAUGUCAAAAGCUGAACAUGUUCCAGCCCCCCACAUGUGCCUCGGUGGCCAGCACGAGCGACUCCGCGGUGAGGGAUGGGUGUGAAGUCACCGUUUGCCGUAUCUGGUUCAGCUCAUCAGGAGCCACGAAAUAAUCGGGGAUCUCCAGCUGCAGCAAAUAACAACAAUGGCAGAUAGACACCAUGAGCAAACGAUACGCAGCAGGAGAUGUUGGCAAUGCUAGCCAACCUGUGUGAGGCUGGUGCACGAGUUGAUGAUGAACAUGACGUCGGUGGCGACCAUGAAGACCCCUGAAAGUACAUAGCGAGAGCGGGGCGAACACUGUGCCUGCGACAUGGGUCUCCAUGUGCUUGUCUUCUUUGUCUGUCUGUCUGUCUGUCUGUCUGUCACAACCCACCUUUGAGUAUGAGUUUCUUGAGGCUGGUUCGCGUGCCGAAGAGCUCGAAGACCACGUGGCUGGGGAGAAAGUAACCCUACAGCGGCCAGCACAGUCAACAGGGAGUCCAUGUGAGUGAGAGAUGGGGUGCAUGCACACGAGCUGACGCACCUUCUGCAGCAGGCUGCAUGCGGCGGGCUGCUGCCCCGAGUACUCAAACGUAAACUCCUCCAACUGAUCACCUAUCGUCAGGAAAAAGCCCUGACACCAGGCAGGCGAAAGCAGUACACUCAUUUUGCGGCACGUCGAUGGCAGGUCUCUGUUUCGUCAGCUUACGAUGAUGCCAUCAUAGCUCCACGUCAAGUACGGAAGGUUGGCGGUCUUGACGUGACACCGCAAUAUCGACUGCACAUUAACACACGCCACACACAGAGAGGCGGGAUCCAGCACUCGUCUGGUUGUGGUUCAUCAUCCGGCAGAGAGACAGACAGACAGACAGACCGACGCCCACCUCAUUGCUCUUCCUGGGCACUCGCUGCACCAUGGCUGUCGAAAAUACGUCCAUGGCGUAAUCAAACCUGCCGAGCAACACGUAUGCUUGAAUGGCCGUGCCUUACAUCCAUCUGGCCAUACCUGAAGGUCGUCAGCUGCGUGAACUGCAUGACCGAAGCUAUGAGCGACUCGCAUGACGCGAAUGGCGUGGUGGGGUUCCACUCAUACAAACGGCGAUCACCGCUACCUGCACACCAACCCAGCGUUACCAGGCCCACGUCCCUCCCCCCUCCCGUCUCACCUGUAGCGAUGGAGAAGCUCCUCAUGUUGGUGGCGAGCACCAGGGAGCUCUCGAAGGCCCGGACGCUAUCGGCACUGAGGAGUCCCUGGAAGCCUAUACUAAGGGGCUCCAGGUACAGACACACCAGGGUGCCCAUGAGACAGUCGUGGCCUUCCAAGGGCUCCCCGCCGAUGCGGUUGAGUGCCCGGUCGCUGAGCAAACCCACAUAGUGCAGCGACUGCAGCACGGGUGCGUGCAGCCGCUCCAUGAUGAUGCGGUUGAGGACGCACUGAUUGGUCGUGAAGCCCUCGAGGUGCAGCCGUCGGAGGUUGGGGAAGACAAGCACGGCAGGGGGGGCCUGGGGCGCCAUGUCGAGGCCUACGGUGGGGUUGCGGUUGAGCUCCAGGUGGGUGAGGGACUCCGCCAGCCCCGCCGUGCGCUCGAGCAUGCCGAUGAAACUCCUGGCCGAUGCGAUGGACCGCUCUCGCACUGUGAGGGCCGACCAGAAUUCGGGGUUGUUGCAUACGUCCCUGAAGCACCUGCACAGCCGCCGCAGCCGCUGCAGGUCCUGACGCGCCAGAUACUUGAGGAUGUGGAACACCAGAACUGGACACGUGCAUCCACAGACACAGCAAUACAUUCAUACGACAAGCUAGAGCAGAGCGACCCAGAAACAUCAUGUGUUUGUGCGUUUGUGUUAUUUACCUUCAUCCAUUUCCCACUCGGGCAGCGUCAUGGCGCUGAACCGCACCAUCUGAAUCUCCACGGGGUGCCGGCGAGUCCCACGUCGAGACUGCAUGGCUAGUGUGUGUGCGUGCGUGUCUGUGUAUAACGUCGCAGGACUUUCAC